AUGACAGUCCCCGUUGAACACCCCGUGGCUACCCCGCCGCGGCCAGCAUCGCCAGUCUAUGGCUUUGGCACCCUCGCCGUCCAUGCGGGCGCCCCUCAUGAUCCCUCUACCGGAGCUGUGAUUGAGCCCAUCUCGCUAUCCACCACAUUUGCUCAGCGCGAUGUUGGCCAGCCCAUUGGUCUUUAUGAAUACUCGCGGAGCUCCAACCCCAACCGCGACAGCUUCGAGCAAGCAGUCGCCGCUCUAGAGCACGCAAAGCACGCCCUUGCCUUUGCUAGUGGAAGCGCCGCCACUGCCACCAUUCUACAGAGUUUGGCCUCGGGAGCUCACGUCAUCAGUGUUAGCGAUGUCUAUGGCGGCACUCACCGUUACUUUACACAGGUGGCCAAGGCCCACGGCUGCCAGGUCACAUUUACGCCCCAGAUUGAGGUCGACAUUGCCGACCACAUUACGGACAACACCAAGCUGAUCUGGAUUGAGUCGCCCAGCAACCCUACGUUGCGCCUUGUAGACAUUAGAGCAGUCGUCACGGCGGCGCACGCCCGCGGUGUUCUCGUGGUGGUGGACAACACAUUCCUCAGCCCUUAUGUACAGAACCCCCUGGAUCACGGCGCAGAUAUCGUCGUGCACAGCGUCACCAAGUACAUCAACGGCCACAGCGAUGUUGUCAUGGGCGUUGUUGCCGUCAACUCGGAUGACCUCAGGGCACGUCUAGCAUUUUUGCAAAAUGCCGGUGGAGCAGUCCCCUCGGCUUUCGACUCGUGGCUGGCUCACAGAGGUAUCAAGACACUUCACCUCCGUGUGAGGCAAUCCAGCAUCAACGCCUUGACUAUUGCAACGGCACUCGAGGCCAGCCCCCACGUGAUUGCGGUCAACUACCCGGGUCUGGAUUCGCAUCCCCAGAGGGCCAUCGCGCUCAAGCAGCACCGUGAGGGUCUCGGAGGUGGUAUGCUGUCUUUCCGGAUCAAGGGUGGCAGAACCGCCGCCGAGCGAUUCUGCAAGCUUACAAAGAUUUUCACUUUGGCUGAAAGUCUCGGCGCCGUCGAGAGUCUUGUCGAGUUGCCCAGUGCCAUGACACACGCUGGUAUCCCCAAGGAUCAGAGAGAAGCUGUUGGUGUCUUUGAUGAUCUUGUGCGUAUCAGCACUGGUGUCGAGGACUCGCGGGACUUGGUGCUGGAUAUUCAGCAAGCCUUGGUCAAGGCAGUUCUGGGAGAUGAAAUUACUAAUGGUCAAUCCAACGGCGCAAACGGACAUGGAGCUCACUAG